GUGUAUAAAUAACACGCGCACAUACAAAGAGUCUGGAUACAACAACCAUGGGGAGUUUGUUGUAUUUCUUCUUCUCUUUCGUGUCUGUGUGCAGCAUCACUUCGGCGGCGACGCUGCCACUCUCGACUGAGUCACGGUGGAUAGUCGACGAGUCGGGGCACCGCGUGAAGCUGGCGUGCGUGAACUGGCCGUCGCAUCUGGAGGUGGUGGUGGCGGAAGGGCUGAGCAAGAAGGCGGCGGAUGAGAUAUCGUCGGAGAUCAUAGACAUGGGAUUCAACUGUGUUAGGUUUACAUGGCCACUUUUCUUGUUCACAAAUGAUACAUUAGCUUCCCUUAGCGUGAGGCAGUCUUUCAAGAACCUCGGACUCUUCGAAGCCAUCGCAGGUCUCCAGAUAAACAAUCCCUCCAUCAUUGAUCUCUCUCUCAUCAAGGCUUACCAGGCAGUGGUGGCCAGUCUUGCUAAGAAAAAUGUAAUGAUCAUCCUAGACAACCACACAAGUAAGCCUGGGUGGUGCUGCAGCAAUUUUGAUGGAAAUGGUUUCUUUGGAGAUGUGUAUUUCAACCCAGACCUCUGGAUCAAGGGCCUAACCAGGGUCGCCACCAUCUUCAACUCGACCCGUAACGUCGUCGCCAUGAGCUUGAGGAACGAGCUCCGCGGCUCUCGACAAAAUGUCAAUGAUUGGUACAGGUACAUGCAGAAAGGAGCAGAGGCAGUGCACGCAGCAAACCCUAAUGUUCUCGUCAUUCUAUCUGGGCUGAACUACGACAGAGACCUCUCGUUUCUUCUCAAGAAGCCGGUCAGCCUGAGUUUCUCAAACAAGCUGGUGUUCGAGUUGCACUGGUAUGGCUUCUCAGACGGGCAGGCAUGGGAGAAUGGCAACCUGAACCAAGUAUGUGGGCAAGUGGUGGGCGAGACGAUGAGGAAGGCCGGUUUCCUUCUAGAGCAAGGCUACCCCUUGUUCCUGAGCGAGUUCGGUGUCGACAUGAGGGGCACUAAUGUCAAUGACAAUAGGUACUUGAACUGCUUUAUGGGAUGGGCAGCUGAACUAGAUGUGGAAUGGGCACUCUGGGUUCUCACAGGUAGUUACUACCUCAGAGAAGGGGUAGUUGGACUUGAUGAAACUUAUGGAGUUUACAACUGGAAUUGGUGUGAUAUCAGAAAUCAAACCAUUCUUCAAAAGAUAUCUGCUCUCCAGUAUCCCUUUAAAGGGCCGGGCUAUUCAGAAACGCGUUCACAUAAAGUAAUUUUCCAUCCUAUGACGGGGCUGUGUGUGAAGAGGCUGUCGUUGGUGGAGCCGUUGGUUUUAGGUCCAUGCUCUGAGGCCGAAGCAUGGACCUAUUCUCCCCAGAAAACCUUGACAAUAAGAGGAACAUAUUUCUGCCUUCAAGCAGACAAGUUAGGGCAUCCUGCAAAACUCGGGGUAAUAUGCAGUUCUGCCAGUUCAAAAUGGGAAGCCAUCUCAGAUUCUAAGAUGCAUCUAUCUUCAAAACUUAAAGAUGGUACUGAUGUUUGCUUGGACAUAGACUCGGACAGCAACAUAGUCACGAAUAACUGCAAAUGCUUGGACAAAAACAGUAAGUGUGAUCCAGGGAGCCAAUGGUUCAAAAUCAUAGACAGCACAAGAUAUGGAGCUGAUAAUAGCUUCCUUGAGAUCAGCUCGAUUGUGAAGCUUAUAUCAAAGAAUCUUCUAGCUAGUUUUAGCUUAUAAACAUAUGAGAGCCACGUCCAUGACACAUCCACACAUGUUAUAGAGAUUGCAAACUGACAGGGGAGGAUGCUUUGCCCCAAGUAAAUCACUGAUAAUGACAGAUAUGUUACUUAUAGUAUGAUUGCAAGAUUUUAAUCACAAAUAACUGCUGCUCCACAAGGGCACCUAUCAAUUAUUAACACAACCUUGAUUUUUUGUCUUCA